CUCUCGAAUUUUGAAACCCUUUUUUCUAAAAUUCCCAUAUUUCCCUUGGAAACUUUUUCUUUUUUCUUUCCCGGUGCUUCUGAUGGAGGGAUUCGCAGUGGCGUCGACGGCAAAGCCGUCAUCGAGUACGACGGCGUAUGUGAGCUGGGAGGAGGUGAAUGUUUUAAGCAAUAAAGGAAGGAGGGAGGUUCAUUAUUAUUUGAAGAGAAAGGAUGGCGUUUCAGAUCUGGCUGUGAUUGGCAGAGAGAAGAGCUUGAGGCACAUGUCUUAUCAUUUCGCUAUUAAGAACCGCUCCCUUUUCUUCUCUUCGACUUCCUUCUACAAGCUUAAGUCUCGCCGGGAGGUUGUCUAUUGGCUUAAUUCUGUCGUUUCCGAUUCACCCUCUCGUGGCUUACACUGUUCCGUUGAUGGCAUUUGGAGUGGAAAAAAUGUGAAAAGUAUGGAAUUUGGUGCAGUCAAGGAUCUUCAAUCACAGAAACUCGUCCAUUACUCUAAAGAAGUUUUGUGGUUAGGUUCUUCAUGGACAUGCAAGAGAAAAAGGAAACACUAUCAGUCUUUCUGUAGGAAUGGCGUAAUAAUUUCGGUUCACAACUUUGUUUAUGUCUUAGCUGAGGAGGAUAAACGACUUGUUGCCUAUUUGGAAGAUUUAUAUGAAGACUCUAGAGGCAACAAGAUGGUUGUGGUUCGAUGGUUUCACAAAAUUGACGAGGUUGAUAUUGACGUUGGGCACAAUUAUAAUAGCAGGGAAAUUUUCUUUUCUCCUUGCCUUCAAGAUCUCAGUAUUGAAUGCAUUGAUGGAUUGGCUACAGUCCUUUGUCCUGUGCAUUUUAAGAAUUUUUUUAAUGAGGCCAAGCAUACCCUGCUGGAGCCAUUUGUAUGCUGUAAGCAAUUUGAAAAUGAUGAUAUCAAGCCUUUUGACGUGUCUCAACUGAAGGGGUAUUGGAAACAAGAUAUGCUUAGAAAUAUGCACAGUCUUUCUACUUUGAAUGACUGUGCACCUUGUCAGCACCGUGCUGAUGAGCAGAAGACAGUGUGGGAUGUUGAUGAUAGUGUUGGUAUCAGACCCAGAAAGAGAUAUCGCCAAUCAAAAGAUGAUGAUGUUGUGAACUUACGUUUUAGUGGCAAUAAAGAGUCAAUGGAAACAUCCCGUGUGGAUCUGCAAGAUGUUCAGAACAGUAAAAAGGAAAACGAGUCUUUCAGUGUUCAGGUUGAUGAGGCUAAGCAAUAUUCCUCUCUGCAUUUAAUAGUAGGUUCGCAGGUAGAAGUGUUAUCUCAAGAUAGUGGUUUGAGAGGGUGUUGGUUUAGAGCUCAUAUAAUCAAGAAGCACAAAAACAAGGUGAAGGUGCAAUACCAAGACAUUCAGGAUGCAGCUGAUGAAGCUAGUAAAUUACAGGAAUGGAUUUUGGCAUCUAAGGUUGCUAGUCCUGAUGAAGUGGGUGUUCGUAUUUCUGGUCGGACAACUAUUCGACCACCUUCUCAGUAUACCAAAGGCAGUGUGUCAUGUAUCGGUGUUGGUUCUGUUGUUGAUGUCUGGUGGCAUGAUGGGUGGUGGGAAGGCCUUGUUGUUCACAAGGAUUCAGAAGAUAAAUUUUGUGUUCAUUUCCCAGGAGAGAAGCGGGAAUCAGUCUUUGACAUUGGUGAUAUAAGACGAUCUCAGGAAUGGGUGGGAAAUCGGUGGAUAAGUAUGAAGGAAAGGUGUGAUCUCGUGGGUAUUGUGCUCCGGUCCGGAAAGCAUAAUGCAAGCAACUCCAAUGAUCCCAAUUUUGACAAAAACACCAUUCGUUGUGAUGGUGGGCAGAUUAUUAAGGAUUCGUCUGAUUGUAAUGAUUCUCCUGGCGAAUCAGGAAAUGAUGGUGCAAAAGAUGAAUGCCUUGUUCCAGAUCUUUCAAAGGAUGAUUGGCUUUCCCAGUUGAAAUGGAAGUCAUCUGGGAAGAGAAAACGUGUGUCUUCGACCCAUGUACGGAAACUGAAUUGCAGUCGGAAUCUCAUCAAAAGCACUGCACGGUCAGUUUCUUCGGAACGAUUUUUGAUCCCUGCAUCCAUGAAAGUCGAUAAUGAUAACUGCAAGUACAUAGGUCAUCCCCUAUUCAGCUCUUCAGUUGUGCCGCCUCUAACAAACAUGGUUAUGACUAGAUGAUUGACCGUUCCUAUUGAAGUGGAGUUGCUUCUUUCUGUUUUGUUUGGAGUUGGCAUUUUGACAAGUCUCUAUUUUCCUGUAUGUAACUUAACCUAUGGGCUCUAAGCUUAAAGAGUCCUGCAAAAUUCAGGUCCAGUGUAAGUUAACCUGGUAGAAUCUCCAACUUAGCAGGCCUCACUUAUUUAGGAUGUUUACAGGAAGAUUUCUGCUUUAUUUGUAUUGUUUAUUUGUUUCUGGUAAUAAAAGUUUUCCAUUAUUUUCUUCAUUCCAUUAUUCAA